AUGUUCAUGAAAUUUGGUGAUGUUCAAUAUGCUGAGCAGCUGUUUGAAAUGAUGAAGAAGAAAGAUAUUGUCACAUAUGGUGCUAUGAUGAAAGGAUAUGUGGAAAAUAAUAUGAGUGAGAAAGCAUUAGAUUUAUUUGAACAAAUACCUUUCAGUCUGAAUAAUGUUUGCUAUAUCGUUAUAUUCAAUGCAUGUGUACAACUUUUGAAUGAUUGUGCUAAACAAAUUGGAACAAAACUUCUUGAACUGAUGCCUAAACAUUUCUAUAAUAACAAUGUUCUGAUUACUUCAGUAAUAGAUAUGUUAAUGAAAUUCGGUGAUGUUACAACUGCUGAACAUUUCUUUCAAAUGAAUAAGAAAAAGAUUCUUGUCACAUAUCGUGCAAUGAUGAACGGAUAUAAUAUAAAUAAUGAACCAUUAAAAUGUUUCCAACUACUAGAAGAAAUCAAAGAACAUGGUUUUAUACUUGAUGAAAUUGUAUCAAUCAUAGUGAUAAGUGCAUGUACACGACUUAGUAUGCGUUCAAUAUGUCAAUCAAUUAUAGAUCACAUUCCUUCACAUAUCUAUAACAAUCAACGUAUACGUAAUUCAUUAAUUCAUGUGUGGGUAUGUAUUCAUUGUUUAGAUUCCUAG